ACGGCCGCGUGGUAACCGGCUGCGCGCUGCUAGGGCUGAGCGGGCGCUCGGGCUUCAGGUGCGCAGGUUGAAGAUCGAGGAGGUGAAGAGCACCACCAAGACGCAGCGCAUCGCCUCCCACAGCCACGUGAAGGGGCUGGGGCUGGACGAGAGCGGCCUGGCCAAGCAGGCGGCCUCGGGGCUCGUGGGCCAGGAGAACGCGCGCGAGGCAUGUGGUGUGAUAGUGGAAUUAAUCAAAAGCAAGAAAAUUGCUGGAAGAGCUGUCUUGUUGGCAGGGCCUCCUGGAACUGGCAAGAAUACAGUGAUGGUGGUAGACCACCUCAAGGAAGAAAGAAAGGUUGGAGUUCUUUCCCAGGUAAUUCUGGCGAGAGGAGCCCUCAUCAUGAACACGAUGGGUGUGAGCCUCAGCCCUCACACCUCCAGGAGGAUGAUGGAAACGUGGUGAAGAGGGAUGUCCAGGAGGACCCCGAAGUAAGACACUCUCCCUGUACCAUCCGAGGCAACAAGAGAGGAGUGAGAUAGCACAGUGAAGGCCACAUGCAUACUACUGUGUAGAGAAAGAGAAAACCUCUGGAGCGAGAGGGGGAGAACACACAAGAUGGAACCCCAGGGAGCUGGUUCAGGGUCACAAUUCCUUAUGGGAUAAAGUAUGACAAAACAUGGCUAAUGAACUCAAUCCAGAGCCAUUGCAGUGUCCCUUUCACUGCAGUGGACUUACACUUUAUGCAAAAUGGGGCUCAAUUCUUUGUCCAGGAAGCUAGCACUGCCUCUGCAUUGAUGGAUGUCAGCUACAAGAUUCGUGACGAGGAGAGCCGAAAGAUACCUGUCUUUGUCAGCCCCUCCUCUGUUCCCUACUCUGUGCGGGAUAAGUUGAAGCCAGAAGAAAUGGAGCAGCUAAAGCUGACCUUGAGCAAACGAUUUGAUGUCUCCCAGCAAGCUCUUGACCUGCAGAGGCUCUACGUUGACCCAGACUUGGUGGGCUAUGAUAUUGAUAUAUUUCUGAAUCGAAGAAGCUGCAUGGCUGCCACCCUGCAGGUCAUCGAAAGGUAUUUCCCUGAGCUGUUGUCCUUGAACUUGAGCAGCAACAAACUGUACCAGCUGGAUGGCCUGUCUGACAUUAUACAGAUGGCCCCCACGGUCAAGAUCCUGAACCUCUCCAAAAAUGAGCUGACGUCUGUGUGGGAGUUGAACAAGAUGCAAGGGCUGAAGCUUGAAGAGCUGUGGCUGCAAGGGAACCCAUUGUGUGACACUUUCCCAGACCAGUCCACCUAUGUAAGGGCCAUCAGAGAAUGUUUCCCGAAGUUGUUACGCCUGGAUGGGCAGGAGUUACCCUCACCAAUUAACAUUGACGUUGACACUCCCUACGUAAUAAAGCCCUGCAAGGAAAGCUAUAAAGGAUCUGAGACACUGAAGAGUCUAAUCCUGUAAUUCCUGCAGCUGUAUUACUUGAUCCAUGACUGUGGAGACCGACAGCAUCUCCUUGGUGCUUAUCACAAGGAGGCCUGCUUCUCCCUGACCAUUCCCUUCCACUCCGAGGACGCAGCCAUAAGCACCUUGUGCAAGUACUUCAAGGACAGCAGGAAUAUAAAGAAGCUCAAGGACCCCCAUGCUUACCUGCGGGUCCAGCUGCUGAAGCACACAAAACGUGUCAUUGUGCACACUCUCUGUGUGUUGCCCAAUACUCAGCAUGACUUCAGCUCCUUAGUGGUGGACACGUGGUUCCAAACAUAGAUGAUGCUCUGCUUUUCUGUCAACAGGGUGUUCAAGGAAGUGGAAGGAAGUUCUCAGGGCUGUGUGCGUGCCUUCACCCGGAUCUUCAUCGCUACCCCUGCCAGCUAUGCCAGUCUAUGCAUUGUGAAUGACGAACUGUUUGUGAGGGAUGCCAGCCCCAGUGAGACUCAAAGUGCGUUCUCCAUCUCAAUGCCUACACCCUCCUCCCUCUCCCAGGAGCAGCAGGAAAUGGUGCAGGCUUUCUCCACCCUGUCUGGGAUGAAACUCGAGUGGUCUCAGAAGUGCCUUCAGGACAAUGAAUGGAACUACACCAGAGCUGGUCAGGUCUGCAGUAUGCUCAAGACCGAGGGCAAGAUCCCAGAGGAGGCCUUCAAAGAAAUCCCCUAAAAGGAGUGCUUGGAUGUCAUCUUUGUCUUCAUCCACAUCAUCUUUUCUCUCCAGCCUCAGGCCACGCCCAUGCCUGGAGUUGGAGGCCUGGCUGACCAAGAAGCCAAAGUUACGUUGUAGGC